AUGCCUUUGGGUUUCGAGAGCCAAAGCACAACAAGGAAGUGGAUGCCCAUGGCACCAAGACUCAUCUACUAUUACAGGUUAACAAUGAAGGUGAUCAUCUUUUUCCUGGUUGGCCUCGCAGUCCACGUUGUAUUCUUUUUGUCCAUUUUUGACAUCUACUUCACAUCCCCCUUGGUCCAUGGCAUGACCCCCCAGGCGACUUUACUGAAACCACCUGCGUCUAGACUGGUUCUGAUGGUGGCUGACGGACUUAGGGCAGAUAGUCUCUUUACUCUGCUCCCAAAUGGUUCAUCUCGAGCGCCUUAUCUCAGAAAUAUCAUGGAGAAUACAGGCACAUGGGGUGUUUCACAUACGCGAGUCCCCACUGAGUCUCGGCCUGGUCACGUAGCCCUUAUUGCUGGUUUCUAUGAAGAUGUUAGUGCAGUCGCCAAAGGUUGGAAGGAAAACCCAGUGGAAUUCGACUCUGUGUUUAAUGAGAGCAGACAAACCUGGAGUUGGGGCAGUCCUGACAUCCUGCCAAUGUUUGCCAAAGGUGCCACAGGAAAUCACGUUUAUACCCACACAUAUCCAGCCAUGGAGGAGGACUUUGCGUCUACAGAUGCAUCCAGGUUGGACAGCUGGGUGUUCGCUCAAGUCAAAUCAAUGUUUGAAUCUGCCAAUUAUAACUCCAGUCUAAAUUCUACUUUGCAUGAGGAUAAAAACGUCUUCUUUCUUCAUCUGCUGGGCCUUGAUACGAAUGGACACGCGCACAGGCCCAUGUCACAAGAGUACUUGAACAACAUAGGUUUAGUAGACGCUGGUGUAGCUGAGUUAGUGUCGAUGGUUGAAGAUUUCUUUGGGCACGAUGGAAAAACAGCCUAUGUCUUCACCUCUGAUCACGGCAUGACAAACUGGGGAUCCCACGGAGCAGGUCACCCCUCCGAGACCCUGACCCCUCUGGUGGUUUGGGGCGCUGGAGUUAGUGGCCCAGUCCCUGUUACUGAACAACCACAAGUGUUUAGCGAUGUAUAUUUAAAAGACUGGAGUUUGGAGCAUGUUCGUAGAGUUGAUGUCAACCAGGCUGACAUUGCUCCACUUAUGGCAUCUCUGAUUGGUGUUAAUUUUCCCGUCAAUUCUGUUGGUGUGCUACCUCUACAAUACCUAAACAACAGCCAACAGUUCAAAGCAGAAAGCAUGUACACGAACGCUAUCCAAGUGCUCGAACAGUACAAGGUGAAAAUGAGCCAGAAAAAGGAGACUACAUUAUCCUUUUUGUUUACCCCAUAUCAAUAUUUAACUGAGUCUGAACAAGCAGAACUAGUUUACCAAAUCAGAAUAAUGUUUAAGCUGGAGAAAUAUGAAGAUGCUAUAUCCCUCUGCCAGUCUCUUAUCUCCCACUCCCUGAAAGGCCUUGUUUACUACCACACCUACGACAGGUUCUUCCUGGGCUGCAGUGUGGUUCUUGGGUUCGUUGGCUGGACUUCCUAUGUUGUCCUUGUCAUUCUUAAAACUCAUGCGAGCCUUGACAGAAAUCACAACCACAAACCUGUACCCAGCAUGCAUCUUUCAAGGCUUUGUGUUAUUGUGGCAGUAUUGAUUGCCAUAUUUCUCUUCAUUCAAAGGAGUCCACUCACCUAUUAUAUUUACUGCCUCCUUCCAGUCCCUGUAUGGUACUCUGUGAUAAAGGAGCUUGGAAUCCUGGUAAAUCUGGUUCAUUCUGCUCCAUCGUUGCCUCUGUGGAAAUGCUUUUGCUAUUUUGUACUAGUUGCUUUUGGAAUUGAGUUACUGGUGGUGAGCUUCUUCCAUCGUGCCAUGUUGUCUGUGGGCCUGGCUGCUCUCUCACUGUGGCCCUUCAUCUCUGGACUCUCUGGAAAAGCUAAGGUUCGCUCCAUAAGUUGGUUCUUCAGUUGUCUGUGUCUAGCAGUUUUCCCCUUGCUGCCCGUGGUGGGGAGGGAACCAAAUUUCAAUUUAGUCAUGUGUGCAGGUCUGCUCGCUCUCUUCACUUCUUCCUGCUUCCUUUGGUCAUCACGUCACAAAACACCUCUGCACCACAGUGACACAAAGUUACUACUCAUUCAGAUGAUCCAUGUGGCGGUGUGCGCUGUCAUUCCCUCCCUCACACACUCCAGUCUGCUGCACAAACAGGGAUUACCUCUGCUCAGUCAGAUCAUCAGUUGGACCACUUUAGGUUCUUCUAUAUUGAUUCCACUUACAAGCUCCACACGUCUCUUCCAUCGCCUCCUCAGUAUACUGCUGUCUCUCACUGCCACAUAUCUGCUUCUUAGCACAGGGUCUGAAGCCUUGUUCCCACCGGCCUUAUCGUGGCUCAUGUUUGUGUGGAUCAACAUCGAACAAGAGGCACUGCUCGCACACGGCGUCUCGGGCAGGCAGCAGCUCUCAACUAUAGACUUUGCUUCCAACAUCGACAUCACCAAAAUUAGACUCCUGAAGUUGGAUGACAUCCGCAGAUCCUAUUUUUUUGUCUUUUUUAUCAUCACAGCCUUCUUUGGCACAGGAAACAUAGCCUCCAUAAACAGUUUUGAUCCUGCAUCUGUUUACUGCUUCCUCACCGUGUUCAACCCCUUCAUCAUGGGUGGACUCAUGAUGUGGAAGGUUAUUAUUCCCUUCAUCAUUGUAAUGUGCACUUUUGAAACCAUCCAAGUGACAACACAACUUUCCUCUAGAAGUUUGUUCCUCAUCGUUCUUGUUAUUUCUGAUAUAAUGGCAUUGCAUUUCUUCUUCUUGGUGCAAGACUAUGGCAGUUGGUUGGACAUCGGCACAAGCAUCAGCCACUAUGUGAUCGUGAUGUCCAUGACCAUCUUCCUCAUGGUGCUCAGUGUGGAUUCAUAUAUUUUUCUACAUAAAAAUAAAGUGCAUGUGAAGAUGGAUCCACUCUCUGUUAAUGUCACAGUGUUCUCAGACGUCUCUCCCAACUCCACAGAUACAAAGCUGCACUAUGCUCUUAUCGGCAUCUACAGCUUCGUCUUCAUCAGUGGCUUGAUCUGCUUCAGCUUGGCCGUGCACGUCUUAAAAUCUUCCAACACUUCCAUCACCUCCGUCGCUGUCUUCAACCUCAUGAUAACGCAUUUCGUCUUCCUCCUCACCGUUCCCUUCAGGAUCUACUACUACUCCACCCACGACUGGAUCCUGGGCUUAAUUUGGUGCAAAGUGGUCAGCAGUGGCAUUCACGUCCAUAUGUACAUGUCGUUCAUUUUCUACGUCAUCAUUUUGGUCUCACGAUUGUGGAGUUUCUACCACCAAUCCGAGAAUAUAACUUCCGUCCAGAGGCUGCAUGCUCUCUUGAUCAGCGCAGCGGUCUGGAUACUGGUGAUCGUCACUGUACCGUGUGUGGUGACUUUUAUCUAUGGUAAGACAGCAGAAAACUCAAAAGGCCAAUGCUUCACCUUUGCAGACAACCUCAAAUCCACAUCGGCCAAAGUCGUGAACUAUAUUAUCAGUACUCUUAUAAUCGCGACAACAGCUGUGAUCACCAUCCUACAAGCAAAUACCCUCCUGCUUUUGUACAGAAGGAACGGGGAGAAAUGUGCACUGCAGCAGGAUUUCAGUGCACAGCUCAAAAGUCUGUUUUUUGCUCUCAUCAUGGUGGCUUCGUUUGUUCCCUAUCACAUUUUUCGACUUUACUACAUCGAGCAUCUGAGCCUAGAAGACGUCAAUGAGGUGUUUCUGAGCCUGACCACUUUAAACUGUUUGGACACACUGACCUUCCUGGGCAGUAGGACGUGCUUUGGCUGCUGUUUCAGGGAAAGGCCGAGCUAG